CUCACGUUCAUAUACAGUGUUAAGCCACUCAAAACAUCUCUUCAUCAUAAAUGCUUCUGCAAUUUUUUUGUAUAUUAGAUCAAAGAAGACAUUUGCUUUAUUCCCUAUUCUACUAGAUCGAUCCCAAUACAUGCUAUUACGCUAAAACUGCACAACACCCAAUUGCUCACGGCUCAAUAAAUUUCCAUUCCUUCCUCUAUUUCUCAUAUUGAAACCUGAAGCACAAUUAAGGUCUAAUCACUUGCCAUUGAUAUCGCAACUUUGGAGGGAGUUUCUACUGCAAUUGGUUCAAGGGGAGUAGGAUUCAUGCCUCAAUCAAAAAAACUCUAUGGUAUAAGUUUCAAUCUGAAAUUCGCGAAGGCAAAGUUUAUUCAUUUGAAAACAUGGGUGUUGCUGCUAAUGGGGGGAGCUAUAAGACCACCCAUCAUCCAUAUAAGCUGAACUUCCAAUUUGGAACAAAAUGUUUGCCAUUGUUUGGUGCAUUAGUGAGUGGUUCUGAUUUUAAGUUUGUUCCAAUUUCUGACAUAGUAGGUGGUUCUUAUGAUUGUGACUACUUGGUUGAUGUUAUUGGAAUGUUGACGGGUGUUGGCACAGAGAGAGAAUAUGAACGCAAUGGCAGUGCUACCAAACUCAAUGUCAUUGCCAUGGAAGCUGAUGGAUACAAGCUUCAGUGCACUUUGUUUGGGACUUAUGUAGAUAAGUUGAACACGUUUUUGGCAACUGGUGAAACUGCUAAUGUUGUAGUGUCUAUUCAACUAGCUAAGGUGAAGGUUUUUCAAGGGGAGUAAGAUUCAUGCCUCAAUCAAAAAAACUCUAUGGUAUAAGUUUCAAUCUGAAAUUCGCGAAGGCAAAGUUUAUUCAUUUGAAAACAUGGGUGUUGCUGCUAAUGGGGGGAGCUAUAAGACCACCCAUCAUCCAUAUAAGCUGAACGUCCAAUUUGGAACAAAAUGUUUGCCAUUGUGUGGUGCAUUAGUGAGUGGUUCUGAUUUUAAGUUUGUUCCAAUUUUUGACAUAGUAGGUGGUUCUUAUGAUUGUGACUACUUGGUUGAUGUUAUUGGAAUGUUGACGGGUGUUGGCACAGAGAGAGAAUAUGAACGCAAUGGCAGUGCUACCAAACUCAAUGUCAUUGCCAUGGAAGCUGAUGGAUACAAGCUUCAGUGCACUUUGUUUGGGACUUAUGUAGAUGAGUUGAACACGUUUUUGGCAACUGGUGAAACUGCUAAUGUUGUAGUGUCUAUUCAACUAGCUAAGGUGAAGGUUUUUCAAGACAAUAUACACAUUCAAAAUUGUCUGAAUUGUACCCGGUUGAAGUUUAAUCCUGUUUGUGCUGAGGGUACUGCCUUUAAGAACAGGAUGAUUGAAAAUGAUGAUACACCAUCCCCUCUUACUCAGCUAGCUGUGGAACCAAGUAUUGACCCUUUGCAAGAUUUUUUAUUCAACACUCCAAGAACAACUAUUCAGGGAUUGAAGGAUUCUCAGCAGGAGGGGAUGUAUGUUGUGCUUGGAACUGUCAAACAGAUUGUGAACCCUGAGAAUUGGUACUACACGGCCUGUAUGUGCAACAAAUCUGUAUAUCCUGCUGAGGGGAUGCACUUCUGCGAGAAGUGUAAUAGGCAUGUGGUCAAAGUGUUUCCAAGGUAUUCUAUAAAGGUGCGAGUUGUGGAUGAUAGUGAUUGUGCAACCUUUGUUUUGUUUGACCGUGAUGCAACAAUGUUGUUCAAUAAAAGUUGUGCUGACAUUUUGGAAACACAUAGGGCUGACGAGGGUGUGCUUCCAACUGAGAUUGGUGCAUUGGUCAACUGCACAUACCUGUUCAAGGUUGAAUUCAAAACUGCUAUCAGUCCUAGAUUUGAGCAAUCAUUUAGGGUGAAGAAAGUGUGCACUGAUGGGGUGAUUAUCAACCAGUUUAAGGCAAAGUGGGCUAAGGAAGAAGCAACCUUUAUAAAAAAUACCAAUGAGAUGGGGUCUUUGAGUUCUCUGUUGGACAAGGGGAAGGAUAUGUUAGUGGUUGGUUCAUCAAGUGUCCAAUCACAUGACCUUGGAAGUUUGAGCGAAACCAUUGAUAAAGACAAAAACAUCAUUGUUGAGGGAACACCUAUUGGAAUAUCUGAAGAUCUGUUGCCUAAAUUUUCUUCUGUUGCGGUUGACCUUGAUGUUGGUGCAUCAAAGAAAGUAUCUAACUGCUGUUUGGUCAAGUCAACUACACGCAAAAUUGUCAAAAGAGUUUUACCUCAACCUGAAAUUAAUGAAGUUGAGGAAAUCAACCUUCCCAUCAAAUUGCUCAAGAGGAACAUUAAGAUUGAAAAAAUUUAGUCACAUGAUUGACUGUACUUGGCUGGUUGUAGUUUGGUUUUUUUAGAUACCCGUGUCAUCAUGGCUGGAAAUGUUUGAUUAAGUUUAUGUGUUUUGCUAUGCAAUUCAAAAGGUCAAAGAUAUUGACCCUCUGUUAGUUUCUUCAUUUUGGUUGUAAUUUCUAAGUACAAUUUGAGUCCAGUGGCAGUGGGCCAAUUAGUAGUAAUCUGUUUAAGUCAGCUGUAAUCCCAGUUGCAGUGGACCUUUUCAUUUGUGGUUUAUUUAAGUUAGUAGUAGUCUUAUUUAAGUACUGUUUAAUCCCAGUGGCAGUGGGCCUGUUAUUUUGUAACUCUAAUGCCCAUGUGGCAGAUUUGGCAAUAGA